GAGAGAGAAAGAGACGAUAUUCAGAUAAUUUGUAUUAUACUAUACUGUACACUCGUUCUAUUUUAUUAUAAGUUACUCUUGUUUAUCUCUUAUUUGUCUUAUUUAAAAAUUAAACUUUAUCAGAAGUAUGUAUGGACACAAAAUAAUAUAUAUAGGGCUCAGUGUCAACCCCAGUCUCGAGAAUUUACUGGGGGGCUUCAAAUGCAUCCGCUGCAGAUAAAGAUGGAUUUCUGUGCUUAACUUAUCCUUGUGUCUCCCUUCAGGAAAGAGCAUAUGAAAACCCCAUGGAAAAUUACAAUCAAACAUCAACUGAUUUCAUCUUAUUGGGGUUGUUCCCGCCAUCAAGAAUUGGCCUUUUGCUCUUCAUCCUCAUUGUUCUCAUUUUCCUCAUGGCUCUAUUUGGAAACCUAUCCGUGAUUCUUCUCAUCUUUUUGGACACCCACCUCCACACACCCAUGUAUUUCCUACUUAGUCAGCUCUCCCUCAUUGACCUAAGUUACAUCUCCACCAUUGUUCCAAAGAUGGCUUCUGAUUUUCUGCAUGGAAACAAGUCUAUCUCCUUCACUGGGUGUGGGAUUCAGAGUUUCUUCUUCUUGGCAUUAGGAGGUGCAGAAGCACUACUUUUGGCAUCUAUGGCCUAUGAUCGUCACAUUGCUGUUUGCUUUCCUCUCCACUAUCUCAUCCGCAUGAGCAAAGGAGUGUGUGUGCUGAUGAUAACAGGAUCUUGGAUCAUAGGCUCUAUCAAUGCUUGUGCUCACACUGUAUAUAUUCUCCAUAUUCCUUAUUGCCGAUCCAGGGCCAUCAAUCAUUUCUUCUGUGAUGUCCCAGCCAUGGUGACGCUGGCCUGCACGGACACCUGGGUCUAUGAGGGCACAGUGUUUUUGAGCACCACCAUCUUUCUGGUGUUUCCCUUCAUUGGUAUUUCAUGUUCCUAUGGCCGGGUUCUCCUUGCUGUCUACCGCAUGAAAUCUGCAGAAGGGAGGAAGAAGGCCUACCUGACCUGCAGCACCCACCUCACUGUAGUGACUUUCUACUAUGCACCUUUUCUCUACACCUAUCUACGUCCAAGAUCCCUGCGAUCUCCAAUAGAAGACAAGGUUCUGGCUGUUUUCCACACCAUCCUCACCCCAAUGCUCAACCCCAUCAUCUACAGCCUGAGAAACAAGGAGGUGAUGGGGGCCCUGACACGAGUGAGUCAGAGACUCUGCUCUGUGAAAAUGUAGAAACAUUUUCUAUUUAAGGCCCCAGGACUCAGCUACACAUCCAUCCAGCAGUGUAUAGUAAUUAAAACAUUAUUUCAAUCCUAGAGUUCAGGAGCUAAAAGUAAUCAAGGUAAGAGAAAAAAAAUCACUGAUUUCUGGACAAAAUUGUUACACACACACACACACACACACAUAUAUAUAAUUCUAAACAACCUUUUUUCUUCAUGGCAUUGUUUCCAUAAAUUUUGAAAGCACCUACUUUUGCUAAUAUGUUGUCAAUGAUAAUUUUUGGUUUUGGUCAUGCAGAAAUGGAAAUGAAAUUUGUCUAAAUUUGGCACUCAGCAUAACAAUUUCAUUAUGGUCAAUUUGUUUUCCAGUAAUUUUAAAUUUACUUUGUUUAUGUCUAAAACAAAACAAAAAAUAAGUCUCUUGACUUGGUGUAUCUAAUUGAAAGCUGUAAGAUGUCUUAUCUUUCUUAUCUUAGACACUUAACAUACCAGUUACCCAUUCUUUCAAUUUAGGGAAGUUGUUUUUACGCAGUUUAGCAGAGAGCUCAUCAGGGAUUCUUAAGUCCUGAUACCACUCUGGAUGGCCUAUGACAAGAGUAUGUUCUUUAUAGGGGAAUGAAUCCCGGGAAAUGAUUUAACAUUAGGUAUAUUUAGAUCAACAACAAGGACUGGAAUGUGCCAGCAGUAAUAAAAAUGGUUACAUUUAGGUCUUUAACCUGUUUUGGGUUGAUUUUGGUAUAAUGUAAGGACGGGGAGUUUAGUUUCAUUUUUCUGUCUAAAAAUAUCCAGUUUUCCCAGCACCGUAUAUUGAAGACACUGUCUUUUUCCCAAUGAAUGUUCUUGGUACUGCUGUCAAAAAUCAGUUACACAGAAAGGUUUUGUGUGUUCUUACUCCUAUGCGGGAUCUAAAAUUUUAAAAAACUGAACUAGUGGAAAUAGAUAAAAGACUGAUGGUCACCAGAGGGUAGGAACGGUACAGGUGAGGGGUGGUAAAGUGGGGAUGGUUAUAGUUGCAAAAAUAUAAUUAGAUAGAAUGAAUAAGAAUCAGUAUUUGGUAGCACAAUAGAGUAACUAUAGUAAACAAUAAUUAUUGUAGAAUUUAUUGUACGUAUUAAAGAAUAACUGAAAGUCUGCAAUUAGAAUGUUCCCAACACAAAGAAACAAGACAUAUUUGAGGUGGUUACCCCAAUUACCCCAAUUUGAUCAUUAUGCAUUGUAUGUCUUUAUCAAAACAUCACAUAUACUCCACAAUUAUGUAUUACUAUUAAGUAUCCAUAGUAAUUAAAAUAAAAAAAUCAGUUAGCUCUAGAUACAUGGAUUUAUUUCUGCGUUCUCUGUUCUGUUUCACUGUUUUAUGUGUCUGUUUUUAUGCCAUUGCCAUUCUGUUUUGGUUAUUACUUGUUUGUAGUAUAGUUGAAGUUUGGUACUAUUAUGGCUCCAGUUUUUUUCUUUUCAUUCUAGAAUGCUUUGACUAUUUGGGUUCCAUACAAUAGUUCGAUAGAAAUCUUUAAUAAUGGUUUUUACUAUUUAUGUACAGAAUGUCAUUAGUAUUUUGAUAGACAUUGCAUUGAAUCUGUAGUUUGGUCAUUUAAAUAAUAUUAGUUCUUCCAAUC